CCCUACCUUGAUGACAUACAAGUCCACUCCUGCGUUAAACGAUACAAACUUCUUAUAAUUAUCCUCAGACGUUUCAAAAAUAGCAAAAAAAAAACAUUCACGAGGAGCCACUGUCGAAAAACCAAAAAAUCGGAAAUCCAUUUUCCGUUCGAUCAAAUCUAACCGAGAGAUAAAUCAAACGAUAAGAAAUUAGCCACAACGUCUGGUGACCAGUGAGGACCAGUUUUGUGUGCCAUCGUGAUUCGUAAGCCAAAGUGUAACCUUGAGUAAUCGUGAAUCCAACAAUAUGAUCAAGUGAUUCACUGUUUAUUGUACGACCAAGUGCUGCAGCAGUUACAUCGGGCCUGGAUUAAUUAAUACUUUCGAGGAUUCGAUUCAACACGAUGGAUUCAAAAAUUGCGAGUCUAGUGAUGACCAACGAGGAGGAUAACAACGAAUCAGAAACAGAGAUUGUCCUCAAAAGGGUUCGAGACGUCAUUGACAGUAUCGGAGAGCUGGAUAACGAGGAAGCCUCAGGAUUCUCCACCCCAAGGGCUCCGGAGACUGAUAAUGAAGUGAACCUCGAUACACCCGAGUCGAGUAGUGUUUUUAAGCCAAUCUGGUUGAAUCAGAAGCAGGCUUCAGAUCUUCUGGAUGCUGGGCUGUCAUCGCUACCCUCCUCCUUACAGGAAGAAGAGGAUUUGUCACAGCUUAGCAGUACAAGUGGUGCCUCCGCAACGAUGGUAGUUCACAAAGAUGCUAACAAGUACAAUAUGAGCCACAAGAACCGAGGAAAAUGCAUCGUUUUCAAUCACGACGUCUUCGACACUGGACUUCCCAUUAGGGCGGGUUCUGUACAUGACACGAACCGAAUUGAAAAGACAUUCAGUAAUUUGGGGUUCGAGGUGGAAAUCUGCAACAAUUUAGAGCACUCUAAAAUUGUUGAGAAAAUUAAUGAACUUUUAUCUCUAGUGACUGCUGAAGACCACUCUGACAACGAUUGCAUUUGUAUAAUCAUACUGACCCAUGGUAUGCAGGCAAACCUGAUUUACGCUAAGGAUGUGGCUUACAGUGCGGAGAAUUUAUGGAAGCCCUUCACGGCUGAUAAAUGCACCACUUUGGCCGGAAAACCAAAGCUCUUCUUCUUUCAGGCAUGCAGGGGAAACUUAUCUGAUGCAGGCGUUAAAUUGAAAAGUUCUCCAUUAUUUCGGGUCAGGACUGAAGUAGACUCUGCUGCUACGUUUUAUACAUUACCCACCCACGCCGAUUUUCUUUUUGCUCACAGCACAGUUGACGGUCAUUAUUCUUGGAGAAAUCCGGAAUAUGGUACCUGGUUUAUCCAAUGUCUCUGUGACACAAUAGAUGAGCAUUACGAAACGACUGAUUUACAAAAAAUCCUCACAAUUUGCUCAAGACGAAUUGCCACCGAUUUCUCAUCCUACAAUGAUAUCUACCCACUGUCUAAUGAUCAAAAGCAAGUGCCUUCAAUUACUUCGAUGCUCAUAAGAGAUGUCUACUUCACUCCGAAGUAAACCACCCGCGACAACGAUUUCUUAUAUUAUAAUUUUUUUACUUUCAUUAUCUACUUUACUGAUGGAACAACCAACCAUUUUUUCUACCUCUACAAAUAAUUCGUUCACUACUGAAUGAAAAACAUUGCCGUUGGAUUUCUUUUAUAUAAAAGUGUGUUGUUCAUGAUACCCUGAAGUAUGUCAGCUUCGAACAGAAAAGGGGCUGCCGAUUUUUUCGUCAAAAUUAUGGAAUCAAAAAAAGCGAAACCAGUGGAUUCAGAAUGAGUUCAUUCAAUCGUGAUGAUCGUUGAAUAUUUCCCCAAAUUACAUUCCAUUGAGAAGACAUUCAACAUUAAUUCAUUUGUUUUUUUUUAUCAUCAUUGUUUGAUAGUUCAUCCUCUAUUGUACAACAAUUUAAUAAUCUUUUCAAACAACGUGAACUUGUGUCGUAUUCAUUUUGUUUCGAAACUUUAGUAAACAAGUGUAUGUUUACACUUUUUCAAGCGCUAGACUGAGAGAUUUUGAGAACCUUCUAACGUGACGAUCAUUUUAUCUGUAAUAGAAUAAUCUCAGGACGGCAUAUUUGCUGUCAGGACUUGUAAAAAUGGUGUUGCAGUAAUAGUGGCCAUGUUGAAAAAAUAUUCAACGAUCAUCACCGUUAAAUAAAUUCCGUAUUUUCUUAGAUGGAGAUCCAUUUUCUGUUAGGAGUCCACAAAAUUCAUGAUCAUAUACUCACGACGUAGCCAAGUAUAUCCGUUAAAUUUAUAAAAAUGAAUUCAUUCCAAUUUAAUUACUUUCAGAUUUAAUAAAAAUUGUGACUUAUGCUUUUCGUUCUUGAGACAAUUAAAUGCAGAUUUUUCUGAGUCAUUGUGUGUUU